AUGGACGCUCUCGCACACAGCCCGCGCGCUCUGCGCCUGCUCCAUCAGGCCACUCCGGCCUUGGUCGCCCUUUGCUUCUGCGCCGGCGUCAUCCUCGAAGUCGCCUUCCGCCUUCCCCCAAAGCCGAGGCCGGCCCAGAAGCCAUGGCGGACCGCCGCAGUCUACCUCUCGUGGCUCGUCACCUUCACCUAUGCGAGCGAGCUUGUGCUCUUUGUGACCCAUUCUCUUGUCGACCGCGGCUGGUGGGCCGCUCAAGACAGCGUCAUCUUCGCCAUUGCCUCGGUCCUGCUCUGGGGCAUCAUGACCUUGAUCUUGGUCGACUCCGAGUCUCCCCGCUGGACGCCUUACGUCGCCUCCUGGAUCCUCGGCCUUACUCUGGACAUUGCCAUGUGUGCCCUUUCUGUUUCUGUUUACCCCGAUACGAAUCGCUUUACCGAAGCUCAGUGGGCUGUCAUGAUCGUCCGCCUGGUCGUCUUUGCCGUGUUGACGCUGGUCGGCGUCGCCUUUCUGGUGCCCCCUAAGGAGCAGGAGCAGGGUCCUGACGAAGAGCGCCAGUCGCUGCUCACAGACUCUUCGACCGAGAGCCGCCCAGGCACGACAUACGGCUCCAUCGCAGAGGACGCAAAGGAGGCCGAUGCCGAAAGCGAGGACGACGAGAAAGAAGUCAAGGAGCGCCAGCGCCAGCGCCUCCUGGACGCCGGAGGAUGGUGGGCCUAUCUCAAAAGCUUCUUUAUUCUCUUCCCCAUCAUUUGGCCGGCGCGGAACCGGAAGAUCCAGUUUUACCUGUUCAUCAUGAUUCUCUGCACCCUGGCUGAGCGAGUCUUCAAUGUCCUCAUCCCCCGCCAAGUCGGCAUCAUAACCAACCAGCUAGCAGAAGACUGGGACACGGGCCGCAUUCCCCUCAAAGAAAUCCUCAUUUGGAUUGGUCUGCAAUUGCUAAACUCCAGAGUGGGCAUCGACAGCAUCUUUUCGAUGCUUUCAACCGUCGUGGAACAGUUCUCAUCUGCACAGCUCACCAAGGCUGCCUUCAAGCACGUAAUGGGUCUUUCGAUGAAUUUCCACACGGAGAAGAAUUCAGGAGAGCUGCUGAAAGCUGUUGAGCAGGGUCAUUCGAUCACGGCCAUUUUGGAAUACGUCUUUUUCGAAACCAUUCCUCUCAUCAUGGAUCUCGUUGCCGCUUUUGUCUACCUUUCCAAUCUUUUCGACGAGUAUCUGGCCCUGACGGUCGUGGCUCUUGCCGUCACAUACCUGUACUCCACGAUCCGACUCACUGCCUACAAUAGAGAACGACGCAGGGUUUUCAUUGACAAGUACAUGAAAGAGAAUUCAAUCAUGUACGAAUCGGUGAGCAACUGGCAAACAGUGGCAUACUUCAACCGUGGAGCGUAUGAGCAGACGCGGCUCAACGACGCUGUGCAUGAACACAGUGAUUCGUUCGUCAGAUACAGCUUCACGUACAAUCUGAUCUUCGCGACUCAGGCCUUGAUCACGUCCACAGGCCUCCUGGCCGCCAGUCUCAUCGCAGCAUAUCGCAUCUCUCAGGGUACAGCCAGCGUUGGAAGCUUCGUCACCCUCGUGCAAUAUUGGGGGACACUGUCUUACCCCCUCUCGAACCUCGCCCACUCAUAUAGCCGACUGUCGUCUGAUCUCAUCGAUGCCGAACGAAUGCUUCAGCUUUUCCUCACCAAAACCAACAUCGUCGAAAGACCCAAUGCUCCUGAUCUAAAAGUAGAUGGAGGUCAUGUGGAGUACGACGCGGUCGGUUUCGCUUAUGACCCGCGCAAACCAACUUUGGAUAAGAUCAGCUUCGAGGCCAGACCUGGACAGACCAUAGCACUUGUCGGUGAAACGGGCAGUGGCAAAUCCACUGUCCUGAAGCUACUUCUUCGGUUCUAUGAUGUGACCAGCGGCAGUAUCAAGAUCGACGGCCAGGAUCUCCGCGACGUCACUCUUGACAGCUUGCGCGAGGUGGUUGGCGUCGUCCCACAAGACCCCUCGAUGUUCAACAUGUCCAUAAUGGAGAAUAUUCGCUAUGCACGUCUCGAUGCUUCCGACGAGGAGGUUUAUGCAGCGUGCCGCGCCGCUGCUGUACAUGACAAGAUCGAAAGCUUUCCGGAUGGCUACAAAUCCAAGGUUGGUGAGCGUGGCGUGAAGCUCUCUGGAGGAGAGUUGCAACGUGUUGCCAUUGCUCGCGUCCUUCUCAAAAACCCGCAGCUAGUCCUUCUAGAUGAAGCAACUUCCGCCGUGGACUCUGCUACGGAGAUACAAAUCCAAGAAGCUUUCCGAAAGCUCAGCAAAGGCCGGACGACAUUUGUGGUUGCCCAUCGUCUUUCCACAAUCAUGGAUGCAGACUUGAUCCUUGUUCUCGAAAACGGCAAGAUCAUAGAGCGAGGUACUCAAGACGAGCUAUUACAGCUUGGUGGGAAAUACGUCGACUUGUGGACGAAGCAGACUUCGAGAAGGACAGAGAGCACUGCGAAAAACUCGAUAAACAGCUCCGAGUCCCUGAUCGAUGACGUCCAUGAAGACCUGAUAGGCACUGCCAGUCUAUUGGAGCAGUUAGAUGGUCACAGCGACGAAAGAGACGACAAGUGCUGCAGCAACCUACGUGCUAAGCUGGCAAAGAAACUCAAGACAAGCAGCAUCAGCACCAAUGAUGAGACCGACGAGCCAAACGAAGAGACAUCUGAAGGGCUGCAUGUGGUGUCUCCAAGACCAACGUACUGCGAAGAUGAUGGAAGAGCUAGCCUGCCGAACAACCUGCACAGGAGAAUCGCUCAGCACGAUAAACCCGACCCAGUCGAAAGCAGGGAUAAGAACGAUGAUCAAGCAAGUCCGGAAACGGAGUGCACCGAGGAGCGACCAGAAGAUGGCGCAGCCAAGAAGAAAUGA